CUUAUACUUGGAGUCUAAAUUACAUUUAGACAUUCAAUUCAAAAAGAAUUUUCCUCCUGUAUCUGUAUUUACACUUAAUACUACAUGACUUUUCCAGGGCAAUCACACAUUUUACACUACCCUGGGCUCGACUCCAUAAAGUGUUAUACAUACCACUUUCCACAACUUGAUAUCAUUGCUUUUUGUUAAUUGCAUUUGUUUAAUCAGUACUAAUAAGUAUAAGAAAACAUCCUACCAAAUGACAUAUAAGGUCAUAAUAAGAGGCACUUGCACACUGCACUGCUGUUUUCACUUCUGCAAUUAGCAGUCGUCAUUUCCUUAGAUGUCUCUGUCAGUCUACCAACAUUCUUGUGAUUUUACACCUCUCAGCUUUGGUAAAUUUCCCCUUUAUUAUGCAGUUAAGUACAUAUUUUUAGCUAGACUUCAGUUAAUCUAGAGUCGUGAAUAUGAAAACACUGAUCUCAUAGUGUUUGUGUUAGAGGGACAAAUUUUCCCCUGAGAACCACUAUUGUUAUUUUAUUUUAAUUUUGUUUUUGAUAAUGUGGAUGCAUUUUUAAGAUGUGUAUUUAUUAGAUCUGAUUCAUUCUUGGCAAAUCAUUCUCUUCCCCUUCCUUAAGAUAUUUAGUGGGAGUCUCUGGCUCUGUCACAUUGCUGAACUUUACACUUAUAACUGUAGUUCUCCUUUUACUUACACAGAUAUUUGAAGUGGUUAGUUUCAAAUGCCAUACAUGACUAUGCUAAAUCAUAAGCCCUAAUGUACAACUCUGAGUGUUUACUACGAUGGAGAGACAAUGGAGAUUUUUAGGUAAUUAAGUGACUUUUUUUAUUCAUCUUAGUUGACUGGAAGUGUUCUUAUAGUAAUUUAAUUGCAACAUCUCUUAUACCUUGACUAUGACUAACAGGUCAUAACAUUUAUAUCACCCAUGACUAUGUAUGGUAGUAUAUUGUAGAUGCUUAAUUGAAUGCCUCAUUAAUAACUAGAGGCUUUGUUUAUAUAGCUUUUACUGUGAGCCUUUCACCAUAAACGUUUUAAAUUAAUUCUCAGAUCUACUAACAUACAGUCACCAUGUAGUUCUGCAAUCAAAGUAUUGUUACUGUUGCAACUGUUUUGAAAUGCAAUGUGUAACAUUGAUGCUGUGAAAAGUGUGACAGAAUUUAUUUUAGGAAACUUUUUUUUUUUUUAAUGAUCAAAGUAGCAACUAAACGCUACAGUUAAUACUACAGUUAAAGCUAAAUGAAUAAAAAUGUAAUUUAAAAUUAAUUCAAAUUUAAUUUUUAAUUUAAAGUUUUCCUAAAAAUAAAAAUCUGUUAUUUAUUCACCCCCAUUUUCCAUUAUAUUUCUAUCUUUCAAAGAAUAUUUAUAUGCAGCUCUUUUCAUAAAUGUCAUAAUGACCACGUCUGUCAACCUUCAAAAAUUAUAAAAUGAUCAUGAAAAUAGCCUGUUUAGCCAUAUUCUAAUUCUUCUGAAACUUAGUUAAAUUUUUUAUUUUUUUUUUACUUUUCAGAAAAGCACACAAAUCAUAAAUAGGUAGACUACUGUAUUUUUGUAGAUACUGUACUAUUGUAUUUUUAGGUUGUUUCUGGUCCUUUUUGGAGCUUGUUAUAUGGAAAAUAUCAGAAAAUUCCAAAAUACAGCAUAUGGGUUUUUUAACCCAUGAGAGUGAGUAAACAAUGACAGAAUUUUAAUUUUUUUGGCCAAACUAACCCAUUAACAUCUGUUUUUGUUUUGUUUUUGGAAGUGAUUUGCAAUGAGCAAAACAUUGAGAAAAAAAAAAAAAAAGCUAACAGAAUGAAGGAGGGAAACAGAGAAGUAUGUAAAAUAGUACACAAAAGCACAUGCAGAUACAGUCACUAUACUAAAGAGCCAAUUAGGAGGGACAGCGAAGGGGAGAAAUGGCAGAAGCCCUUCUGUUUCUGCUUCACUGAAUUAUUGAGUGUAAUCAUCCAGGCCUUUAAUGGCUGGUCCAGAGUGGAAUUAAUUUGGGUGGUGUGGGAUAAAUAAUGCAUUAUGGGUAAGGGUGGAUCUGAGCGUGUGCAAGAGGUCUCUCUCCUCCAGCUGCCUCUGCAUGAUGAGGGUGGGAGGGGCCGGGAAGCGUGCCGCUCCGUGCAGUGGGCCAGUGGGACAUGAAAGGGGGGAGAGAGAGAGAGGAGGGGAGGGAGGAAGACAGAUGCUGUCCAGAGCAGGCGGAAGAGGUGCAACAGGGCGAGGCUCAGGAGGAGAGGAGAGUGCGGAUCCCAACAUGUGGAUGGAGGACAGUGUUGCUCAGCUAUGAACACCAUGCUAAGUCCCAAGAUUAGACAGUCCAGGAGAGCCAGGUCUAAGAGCAUGGUCAUGGGGGAGCUCUCCCGUGGCUCCAGCCGGCCAUCGUCCCCCAGCCUCCAAGACAGGGCGCUGAAAGCAGGCUGGCUUAAGAAACAGCGCAGCAUCAUGAAGAACUGGCAGCUGCGCUGGUUUGUGCUUCGAACUGACCAGCUCUACUUCUACAAAGAUGAAGAGGAAACCAAACCACAGGGAUGUAUCCCGUUGCAGGGUAUUCAAGUCAACGAGCUGACAGCCAAUCCUGAUGAACCUGGGCGGCAUCUUUUUGAAAUAGUUCCAGGCUGUACAGGAGAGAAAGACAGAUCGGCUCUCAGCCAUGAGGCUUUCCUGCUCAUGGCAAACUCCCAGAAUGACAUGGAGGAUUGGGUCAAAGCCAUUAGACGUGUCAUCUGGGCUCCCUUUGGAGGAGGUAUCUUUGGCCAGCGCCUGGAGGACACAGUACAGUAUGAGAGAAAGUUUGGACCCCGACUGGCCCCUCUGCUGGUGGAGCAGUGUGUGGAUUUCAUUCGGGAGCAGGGUCUGAAAGAGGAAGGUCUCUUUAGGAUGCCAGGACAGGCCAACCUGGUCAAAGAACUGCAGGAUGCUUUUGACUGUGGGGAUAAGCCUCUGUUUGACAGUAACACUGACGUUCACACAGUGGCGUCCCUCCUGAAGCUUUACCUCAGGGAGUUGCCAGAGCCUGUGAUCCCCUUUAACAAAUAUGAGGACUUUCUAACCUGUGCACAGCUUCUGCUAAAAGAUGAAGAAGUGGGUCUCAGUGAGCUUGUGAAGCAGGUGAACACUCUUCCUCAGGCUAAUUAUAAUUUGUUAAAGUACAUUUGCAAAUUCUUAGAUGAGGUGCAGUCACACUCGAAUGAGAACAAAAUGAGCGUUCAGAACCUCGCAACAGUUUUUGGACCAAAUAUCCUUCGGCCUAAAGUAGAGGACCCUGUUUCAAUGAUGGAAGGAACCUCCCAAGUUCAGCACCUGAUGACGGUGUUGAUCAGUGAACAUGAGCGUCUGUAUGUGGGGACUGAGGAAGAUGUGUCUUCCGAGCAGACAGGAAGUUAUCUUCCAGGUCAGCGAGGCAUGGCGGAGUGGAUCUCUGAUGAGGAGAUGCUGAACUGCUCAUCGCUGAGCCAGACGUCCAAAGUUGCAGAAAGUGUGUGUGGCAGUGCCACAUCUUUAGAUAUCAAUACAGGUGCCCCUAUCACUGCCAAAAUGACACCUCAGGGAAAAGCUGGCGUGACGGUCAGCCCCAGCAAACAGGCGAAAUCCCUCCCCUCCUGGAAAUACUCCUUCAAGAGCGGAGGGGUACGUGCUCAGCCUGCAAAAAUUGGGGGCUCGUCUGUGGACGUGUCCACCUUGCCCAGUACAGGCAACUGGUUGAUGAACGGGCUUUCCUCUCUGCGCAGCCAUCGGCGUACGUCAUCAGGAGAGCGCAUGGGCAAGGAUUCAGCCCUGUCACACCGUCUGUCCACUUACGACAACGUGACCUCAUCCAGUCUCAGCGUACCCAGCGUCGCAAGCACGCCAUGGUCCACAUCCUCCUGUGAGAUCUUAGUGGCCGACUCUGUGGGUAGUGACCCCUCUGGACUGAACUCUGUGAAGGUGGAUUGGUCAGCUGGAGGGUCUGUCCAAGGGCAAAGUGAAGACAGGAAUUCGGAGGUCACUGAGAGCAGUGAAGCACUGGAAAUGUGCGUGAGCAGUGCAGGCUGCAGUGAGAAUGGAAAUGGAGAAGAUGCGGUGAAUAUCACAGGAGAUACUGAUAUUAGCACGACAGCACUUAAUGGCCUGGUAACAGAGCUGAAAGACGAGUUAAAGAAACAGAAGGCCAACUAUGAAUCUCGAAUACGAAGGCUAGAGGAAUCAAGUGUCACUAUGCGUAACCAAAUGGAGAGACUAGAGGAGGAGUUGGACCAGGAGAAGAAAAAGAAUCGAAUGUUGGAAAUUAAACUCCGUAACUCUGAGCGGGCCCGUGAGGACGCAGAGACCCGUAACCGCUUGCUUCAGAACGAGAUGGAGGAGUUCUUCUCCACUUUGGGAGAUCUUACAUUGGGAACAAGGACAAGCAAAAUUUGACUGAACCUCUAACAGCCCUCCUGAUUUAACACUGAGAGACUAUGUGUUUGUUGUAGAUAGAAUUUUGAAAUCUCUCUGCUCAUGCAUCAUGAGUAUUCAGAGGUAAUUUUGUGCUGUUUUAUUACGGCGACUUGAUCAUGUGUAGCAGUUACACUUUUCUCUCUGAUCUUCAGUCUUACAUUUUAAAGGAAUAGUUCACACAAAAAUACAAAUUCAAUGGUUAUUUACUCACCCUCGUAUCGUUCCAAACCAAUAUGCUGAUUUUCUGCAGACAACAAAAGGAGAAUUUAAAAAAGUAAUGCACAUACCAAUAUGUAAAUCAAACUUGCCACUCGCUCUUUGUAAAUAAUAACAAUAUUUUCAUUUUCAGGUGAACUAUUCCUUUAAGGUGCCAUUCAUUUAUUAGCAUUCAUCACUUGCAUAACCUAACCUGCACAGAUAAUACCAAAGCAUGGCAUUUCUGACCAGACUGUUUCCAGUAUUGGCCUCUCACAUAAGACGGGUCAUUUUAAUGGCAUUUCCUGUUAAUGCAUGGUAUGAAAUAUGUCCUGCUGAACUGUCUCGAGGCUUUGGAGAAAUUAUCACACAAUCCUUUUUCAUCCAAAGUCUACACCAUUUACAACCAGUCACCAUAUACGUACAAGCUGCAUCCCAUCACACUGUGCCUCGCACUUCUAGACAUGAGAUCAACACUUACACCAUCAGACCUCACAGACACAAACUCUUUUCAGCAAAUCCCUUUAUUGUAAGUAAAAUGCACUAGAAGAAGAGACUUUAUUUCAGAUUAGAUGAGGUAACACCAUCCAAACUGUACAACAGUUUAAAUCUCAACUCUAUCAAAAGAUCACUUCAGCUGCAAGAUUGCCAAGGCUAGUAUUUAUUUAAGCUUAUUAAUGUACCUAGAACUAUUUCUCAGGUGGUGUUUUUCAAAACACUCAGUGAAUGAGUGUCUUUAUAUAAAAUAGAUGAUGGAACUAAGGCUGACAUAUACUUGAAUGUGUUAAAGUAGCUUUUUUUAUAGUAUGCACAUACUGUAUGUUCGUGUGGUCGUUUUUUCUGUUAAUUGAUUCCUGAAUGCAGAAAGUGCCAAAGUAGAGGUCCUCAAAAAAAUGGGUGUUUCUUUUCGAAUGAAGACUGACUAGUCUUCAUAAUAAAUUGCCGUUGUCAUCAAAACAAUAUUGUGACUUUAUGAUCAAGGGAAGUCUGAUGUUAAAUAAUGAGUGAUAUAAAAACUGAAUCAUAUACUGACUGAUAACUGUGUUGUGCAAAAGAUAUUUGAUUUCUAACAUUUAAAAAAUGUCAAAUUCACCCCAAAAUGAAAAUUCUGUCAAGUACACUCAUCUGUCUGAACUUUUGUUCAUCUUCAAAACAGAUAUGAAAGAUUGCUGUAUUUCCAUUAAAAAAAGUCCAUUAUACCAAAACUUCAAUGCCUCUAGAAGUAUGUACAUUUGAGCUUAUAUUUACUAUAUUUCAUGUGCUUUAUAUUUGUUCUCUGAUCAGUGUUUAUAUGUGAAUAAAAGUAAAUCUGUUCAUCAUAUAAAGCAAUUGUGUCUACUCAGAAGACUUGGAUUAAACCAUGAUUUAAAUAAAUAUCCUUUAUCAAAAAUAUUUUUUAAAAGGUGUCGUUUUGGUGGAAUGGACUUUCAAAAAAAAAAAGGGACAGAAAUCAGUUUUUUAUACCUUAAUCUGUGGUUUGAAGAUGAAUGAAAGUAUAAUGGGGUUGGAAUGACAUGAGGGUGAGUAAAUGAUGACAAUUUUCAUUUUAGGGUGAAGUAACCCUUCAAAGUCUUUGGUAAUAUAUGUAGAAAGCAGCAACAAUUUCCAAAGUUAAAUAAAGUUGUUCAUGGUCAACAAAGAUAAACCAAGUAUAAGUUCUUGGAGAGGGGACAAUAGUUGGGGGAGGGGUUAAACAACACACACAAGCAAACCCAUUUUCCAACUGUUUAUUUCCAUUUUUCCAGUUGUUAUGAUGUUAACACAGUUGAAUUUCAGUGCAUUCUAAUGAGGUGGUAAUCUGCUAACCCUAAUAUAAAACAACUGCAUCAGUUUGUGAAGUCUAAUAAACCCAGCACCAUGAUCUUAUAGUUCUUGUACAGUGUUUUGGACUUAAAAUCAAAUGCUAUAAGCAGGUCAUGCAAGAUACCGCCCAUCGUUGAGAUUGGGGAUGAGAAACUUUUCCUCUCCAUUUUUAUUAUUCUCUUUUCUUUUUCUCGAAACAGCAAAACAUGGACAGAACCCUUCCAAAAAUGGUCGCAUUGAUGUCGAGUCUGAAAUAACAUGGUUCAUUGUUCAGCUUUUGAGUUACUGCACAUAAGCUGAAGGAAACAAAAAACAGUCUAGAAUAAACAAAGACACACACUCGUUGGAUUGUAUACACAUACAUACAGUACAUUCUCACAGAUUCAAACUAUACAGACACUUGAACACUCCUAUUUUUCUGAAUAAAUAAAUAAAUAAAAUGAAAUCAAGGUUACAGUAAUACUUGUAAAAUGUGAGCUGUAUGGCAUCAAGUGUGAGGUAGUUCAGACUCGACCUUUAAACGGCUCUUGUGUUUCGUGCCUAAAAGCUUUUGCUCUUUGCAGUAACAGCAGGCUCAGGCUUCCCAGGCAAGUAUGUAGGGCUUAAUAUCAUUGCCACUGUUAAGAGCACUUAAAACAAAACAACAACAUAAAGUAAUAGCAAAAUAUUUCGUUUUUUUUACCCUGUGCACAGGUAAAUAAAUCCAAUGGGCUGAACCCCACAUCAACAACAUUCAGAUUCCCACUUUCUACUCCACAACUUCAGGCCUAUUCAACAUUCUCUCACCUUCACAUUCUAAAGCAAAUGUAAAACAAACCCACUUCCCUGAUAUAUCUUAAACUUUUUAUCAAAUAAUGAGUGGAGCUCCACAGUAUUCAAUGUCACAAGUUACAAAGCCAUACGUACAGUAGGUCAAUCCCCAAUACAAUAGGUCCCGUUCAUUUACAGCACAUUACAUGCCAUUAAAGAUCUUCCAACCUGACGGGAGAAACAAAAAAAAAAAAAAAAAAACACUAAAAGUAAAACCAAUCUAGAGAUCUGGUUCUUUUCAAUGU